AUGAAACCCGAAGAUCUUCUCCAUCGCCUUUCCGCCCAAACCCCGAAACUCACCGUCGGUUGCCCCGCACUUGAUCGCCUCCUCGGCGGCGGUAUCCCCUGUGAAUCCAUAACUGAAAUCGUAGCGGAGAGCGGCACUGGAAAAACUCAGCUCUCCUUGCAGCUCCUUCUCGCCGUGCAGCUACCGGCCUUCGGCGGCGGCCUCUCCGCUGCGUCCCUUUACCUACACUCUGAGUUUCCAUUCCCAUUCCGUCGCCUUCACCAGCUCUCCGGUUUUUAUGCACCCAAUCUUCCAACCAAUCCUUUGGAUUCAAUCUUCGUCCAACCGCUUCAUUCUGCAGAUCACCUGCUCGACAUUUUGCCUCGCUUAGAUAAUAUGGUACCUAAGUUGAAUAUCAAGCUUAUAGUCAUUGAUUCAAUCGCAGCCUUGUUCAGAGGGGAGUUUGAGAAUACGCCAGUUGAAUUGAAGCGGAGGUCUAGCAUGUUUUUCAAGAUUUCGUCCAAAUUAAGAUUUUAUGCACGUAAGUUUGGAUUGGCUGUUGUGCUGACAAACCAAGUAGUGGAUGUGAUGGAUUCUUCUGAUACUCUGAAAAUCGGUAAUCCAGAUUCUUUAUUCUCUUCCGGAAGGAUGGUUUGUGCAGCACUGGGGUUGUCAUGGGCAAAUUGUGUGAACACGAGGUUGUUUAUGUGGAGAGAGGCGGUGAGAGCAGAGGAGGAAGGCCAGAAUUUUGAGAAUGUAAAGAUCAAGAGAUUCAUCAGGGUUGUCUUUGCACCUCAUUUACCGGACUCUUCCAUCGAAUUUAUGAUCAAAAGAGAGGGGGUUUCUGGUGUUGGCUGAAAAUAUUUCUGUCAAAAUGAAAACGUUGGUGAAAAGGAUGCUAUUACAUCCGAGGAGAUAGUUCUAACUUCUAUGGAUGAGUGAUGCUGGUAUUUUUGUGCAUGUUAUUGCUCUUUGAAUUUUGAUUCUAAGUGCCCUAUCAACUGUCAUGAAUGGCAAGAAUCUGAAGAACGAAACAUCUGCUACCAGGCUAAAGACCGGGCAAGGGAAACAAUAGAAAGAGGUUUUCUUCCAUCACGCAUGAUCCGUCUUUUGACACUCCUGAACAGAAACGAUGCUGCUGGUUCAGUGGAGAUGAUGAUGAAGACAUCGAGAGUAGUGAUGAUGGUGGGGAAGAGUUUGAUACAGAUGAGGAGAUCAGGGAGAAGGAUAAGCAGAGAGAUGGCGGGAUAAAUGAGACAGCGGAUGAGAAAAAAGCUUGGCUGUUGUUUUCUUGGAUAAAAUUAGGGAUAAUGAGAGUAAAACCAAAGAAGAUGAUGAUGAAUCAGGGGAAGAGAGAUUCACAAAUUGCUGAGAUGUUGCAGCAAGAGCAGCUUGAGAAGAGUGGGCGUUCUUGCAGAGCCAUUGGUUCUAGGUUCGUCUGUUUUAUGCUCCAUUUAUUUAUUUUCAGGUUCUCUUCUUUUGGUCCUUGUAAGAAUUUUAGUCCAGUUUCAGUAUCAUAGCAUUCUUAAGGUAUUGGCUUGGAAGCACACGACCCUAGGACAUUCCCCCACUAGAAAAUCUGUUUGAAUAAUUCCGUAGGCUUGGGAAAAUAUUUGAUGCCUUUUUGCACAGGCUUCAAAAGCCAUUAAAAGGGGAAGGUUUAUAGUUUAUAGUAAAGCACCGGAAACCUGUCACAAGUUUGGCUCUAUCUGAAGAUGAUUCAAGAGGAUUUUCAGCUUCCAAGGAUGGUAACAUCAUUCAUUUGGAUGUUGAGAGCGGGAAUACCGAAAAGUAUACUUGGCCUUCUGCGGAGGUUUUAAAGUGUCAUGGUCUGAAGGAUCCCCAAGGUCGAGUAACCAGACAUAGUAAACAUCUUCUAGCAUUGGCUGUUAGCUCUGUUAGCUUUGAUGGUCGAUAUUUGGCCAGUGGAGGCCUAGGUUGUCAUGUUCAUCUCUAGGACAUUCAUACACUGGCGCAGGUUCAGGCGUUUCCUAGACAUAAAGGACCCAUCUCAUGCUUAACAUUCAGCAAGGGACUUCCGAACUUUUUUCUGGUUCAUUUGAUCUCCCCAUCGAGAUGUGGAGCGCUGAAGAUAGAACUUACAUAAACACACAUAUUUUGGCACCAGAGUGAUGUGAUGACCAUUGAUUGCUUGCGAGUAGAAUGUCUCCUGACAGUUGGACGUGAUCGUACCAUGCAUUUGUGGAAAAUAAUCCAUACACAGAAAUGAUGAUGAGUUCUUAUCUGGUUCCCAAAGAAUCCCGGAUGGUAUUUUCGCACCAGCAUCUUCACUUGAAUGUCGUCGUUCCACAAGAAAUCCAUACAUAUUGUGCAUUCAUCGACGAUGAGUUUGAACAAAGUACACAUUAGGGACUAUCAAAUGGCCACGAAGGUAAUUGACCUUUCAAUUAUUUGCAUAUUACAAGACAUUUGCUUAUCCUGUAAUAACUGUAACUUGUGCUCUGUAGAAAUUGGAGUUCAUGAUUUAUCAAGACUCGGUUCAGCGACUAAAUAAUCAUUUAUCAUGACAUUGUCGAUGAGUCGGUCAAAAAUAAAUAUUUUUUAUCUGAUGCAUUCGGAUUUUAAUUUAUCUUUUAAGGUC